AUGGCAGCAACAGGAUCCUUCUCUGCGCCCCCGCAGGUCCAUACAUUCGAUGGUCUCCUCUCUGACUUUGAUGGCACAAUUGUGGACUCCACAGAUGCAAUUGUGAAGCACUGGCACAAAAUUGGCGAAGAGCUGGGCGUCGACCCUAAGACUAUCCUCGCCACCUCGCAUGGCCGUCGCAGCAUUGAUGUGAUGGGACUGUACGACCAGACCAAGGCCAACUGGGACUACGUCAACUACGUCGAAGGCCGCAUCCCGAAAGACUAUGGCUCCGACGCCGUCGAGAUCCCCGGUGGUCGCGACCUCCUCACUGCCCUCGAGAACGCUGGUGCGCGUUGGGGAGUCGUCACAUCCGGCACACGGGCACUCAUCGACGGCUGGUUGGAAGUGAUGGGACUCACCCACCCCAAGAACCUUGUGACAGCAGCUGAUGUACCGCUGGGCAAGCCUGAUCCCCGCUGCUAUCUGCUUGGCCGCAAGCAGCUUGGUCUUGAGGAAUCCACAUCGAUUGUCGUACUUGAGGAUGCUCCAUCAGGCAUCAAGGCUGGUAAGGCUGCUGGGUUCAAGGUGAUUGCGCUCAAGACGACGCAUUCGCUCGAGAAGCUCCAAGAGGCUGGUGCUGAUUGGAUCGUGGAAGACCUGCGAAGCGUCUCGGUGAAGGAAGUCGUCGAUGGCCGUGUGCAUAUUGAGAUCAAGAAUGCCUACCAAUAG